AUGAUCAAGAAAACACUAGCAUUACUCACGCUCGCAGCAUCCACGCUGGCCACGCCGAUAUUCACCCAGGAAUUGGCACCGAUCUAUGGACAGGCUCAUAUCGACGGUGUGACUGACCCACGCGUCCACAACUCGUACAUUGUCGUUUUAAAGGACGGCGUUGAGACCAGCUCUCAUCUCACCACGCUCGCCCACUCGCUAUCCAAACGCUCCGGCGCCGGGCGCUUCGGACAUAUCUACAACCUCGACCACGCGGGUGACAGCAUCUUCAACGGCUACUCGCUCCAUGACGUUGACGAAGACGCUGUCCACCUCCUCCGCGCAAACCCUGAAAUUGAUCACAUUGAGCGUGACUCGAUUGCGCACACACAGGAUAUCUAUCAGGGAUUAGAUGAAGUGAGUGAUCUGGCAGAGACUUUCGACGCAGACUCUCCCGCAACUCAAAAAGGAGCUCCUUGGGGGCUUGCGCGCAUAUCCCACCACAACCCACUCUCGCUCUCCACUUUCAACAAGUACGUCUACGACCCACAUGGCGGAGAGGGCGUGAAUGUGUACAUAGUCGACACAGGUAUCAACACGGCUCACGUUGAGUUCGAAGGGCGUGCACACUGGGGCAAGACGAUGCCUAUGGGCGAUGUCGACGAGGAUGGUAAUGGUCACGGCUCUCACUGCGCCGGCACAAUAGGCUCACGCAAGUACGGAGUUGCUAAGAAAGCACAGCUCUACGCCGUUAAGGUUCUCGGCUCAGCUGGUUCAGGCACCAUGUCGGACGUCGUCGCCGGUGUCCUCUGGGCUGCCCAAGACGCCAAGAGCAAGGCUGACGCUGCGGCCGAAGAGCUCCGCCAGACUGGCUCCACUUCACACAAGGGCUCCGUCGCCAACAUGUCUCUCGGUGGUGGCAAGUCGCCUGCUCUCGACAGAGCUGUUGACAAGGCAGUCGAAUCGGGCUUGGCUUUCGCCGUCGCUGCCGGCAACGAUAAUAGGGAUGCCUGUGAAUACUCACCAGCCGCUUCUCAGAAAGCUGUCACUGUCGGUGCUUCAACUCUUUGGGAUGAGCGUGCGUAUUUCUCUAACGUUGGCAAGUGCGUUGACAUAUUCGCACCUGGUUUAAACAUUCUGUCGGUAUGGAACAGCGGUCCUAACUCGAUCAACACCAUCUCAGGCACGUCUAUGGCCUCCCCACACACGGCGGGCGCUUUGGCCUAUCUCCUCUCACUCCAUGCGAACGCAGCACAUAAGUCUUUCGCAAAUUCAGUUUCACAGGAGAUGUACGACACAGGAAUCAAGACCGUGCUCGACACAAUUGGCGGUCUUCUCCCUGGCUGGUUGGACUGGUUCAAGCCAAAGCCAAGCGCUCCACUGCCACCAACCCCAGAACCCAUCUCUCCAGCCUUCCUGAAGCAGUCUCUCCUCGAAUUGGCUGGCAGAGGCUUGCUUACCGACGUCGAGCAGGGCUCUCCAAACCUUCUACUCUUCAACAAUGCUACUAGCGCGUAG